AUGGCUUACGGCUUGCCAAGAAAGAACACGAUGAACUCUAUUCUGAGGGGCAGUUGUUACCAAGUACAGGAACCUUGGGAUCUUGCACUGCUUACAAAAGCCUGGUACACCAACCUAAUGAACAUCAAACUGCCUUUUUUGGAAGAAAUUACAUUUGGUAAUCCUUUAAACCUCAAAAAAUAUGUAACCACCAAGGAUAAUCUGUUGCCUCCACCUGAAAUUGUCAAAUUGGAAAGAGAUUAUGAAAUGAAGCGCUUGAAGAAACUGAAAUGUCAGAAAAAGGUAGCAGAGAAAGUUCAGUUUUCUCUAAGGGAAAGGCCAGUUGGUUUGAGACGACCUCUUCCACCCAAGUGACAAGCAUCUCAUAACGGAAUCUGUACUGUGCUUUCUUCAUUCAAAGAGGAUGAAGUCCCCAUUCUCUUACUGUGUGAGGUUCUGUGUAAGCAUCGGAAUGCCUGCUGCAGGGGAAGCCAGCCCCGAGCUGGAGGGCAGCGCUCACAGAUCUCCUGGGUCUCUUCACACACUUGUUCCAUUGCGUCUUAAGCAACAGCACUGUAAGUAGAUGACAGUGUGGCUGCACUAAUUUCUUCCAUGCUGUUUAUUUUGAUUUUUACAAAACUGCAUGAAGGGAAGAGGAAACCUCUUG